UGUUCUUCUGUCCAGCACAGCUCUCUGGGACUUCUGGUGAGCUCUGUUAAUGGAUAAGCUGUUUCUGCAUAAUGUGAAUGUAAUCUUUAUAAUAAUUACAUGGGCCUAGACUACCUUUCAAUGACUUCUUUGUUUGAGGUCCAGCUAGUUUUGGGAUAAUCUUCACUUUUUCUGGAUCAAUACUAUGACUGCCGUAACCGAUAGUAUGUCCCAGAUACUUAAUAUGUUUUAGCAAUGGAAAAUUUUUUGCAAUAAUGGGAAAACUUUAGUUGUAACAAUUUUGAAAAAAUGAUUUUAAGAUGUUUUAAAUAUUCAUUCCAGCUCCCUAAAUAAACUGCUAUGUCAUGGUAGGCUCGAAUGAAAUCUUGUAUUUAGCAAGUGCUUUGUUCAUCACUGUCUGAAAUGUUGCAGUGGUAUUGCCUAUCCCAAAAGGCAUGAUUUUAAAUCAGUACUGAGCUAGUUCGAUCCGAGGUACGAAUCCCGCGAACGGGCUGCCUGCAUGGGUGUUUUCGUGGUUUUCCCCAUGUGUGGCGUGUAUACGAGUCAGUUUCCCUUAGAAAGUGCUCCACGAAGGCAUCCCUCCCCUUAGGCAGAUAGUCCUAGUGUGCUUCACCGUAAUUAAAUACACCACACCACUUUACAAUUGUAAAGCAAAUUGAUGGUUGAUAUCACAUUGACUUUCCCAAUAUGGAAUAAGAGUUCUUUGGGAUUUUCCAUACGGAAAUCAUCUGGUUUUGUAUGGUUUUUCUUAUUAUUUGGAAUUUCUUAUUAUUUGGUUUUUCUUAUUAUUAUUGUUUGGCAGGGAGUACAAAUUCAAAAAAAGUAAAAGUUUUUGGUUAAAAAAAAAAAAAAAAAAAAAAAACCAAUCAUACUUCAGCCAUUUUAUAGAAUCAGGGGGUAAUUAUCCGGAAUAUCCAUUUGCUUCUUUAAUCAUAUAUCUAUUAAAUGACUUUAUCAAUGUUUAAAAUUCAAUUUUAAUAAAGUUUUUAUACAAAUUAAUGUGAAUUUUUACUGCAAAAAUGUGCUUCAUUAUUUUGUUUCUAUCAGUGUAAGAAUGUCAGCCACUUUUCUACUGAGGGUCUAGGGGAAGGUAGCUUAAUUUGGACCGUAGCCUUGUUUGGACCAUGAUAUACAAAGACUGAUGAUAUCUGUGAGAUUUGAGAUAGGCAUUUUGUUAUACGUAGAUGUAGAAGAGGUUAAUGCAAUUGUGUUUGUAAAGAAACACCUCGUGGUUACAUUGAGAGAAGUGUUAUUCGUUUGGCUCAGGAGAAAAUCUGUUAUUUCGACAUAAGUGUGAAAGCAGUUAAUUCUCUAAACGUAAGUAAUUACAUGUCUUAUUAUACCAUCACAAAACUUGCUUAUUUAUCUACAACUUGCAAUUAUAAUUUUGCAAGGUUAUGUUAGUUUGACGUUUCUGUACAAUAUCAAGCAUUAAUGCAGAAAUAUUUCCUUACGGAAAUAUUUCUGUAAAGGAAAGUUCUUAUCUGUAGUAGCCAAGGUCAUAUAAAGGUAUUGAGUAGCCCAUCCAUUUCCUGUUUCAAGGAAGGCAGACCAAGGUUAUUUGUAAUGGGCUUUCGUCCAGGAGACGAAUGGGUAGUAUUCUAGGGUUAAAAAAAUAUUUUCAGGGUUACGGUGUCAAAAAAGAGGACGUUAUGGAUUAUGGUCUGAAAAUGAUUUAUUGCUUGCUGUUGCCACGUACAAAAAUGGUGAUUACGGUUUAAAUGAAUGCACUCGUGUAUAUGGUGUUCUUAAGGCAACUAUCAAGAUACAUGCAAAUGAAAAAAACUUUAUUUACAUUAAUGUUAAAGCAAUCUCCAGUAUUUUCUGCAGAUAUGGAAAGAAUUAUUUCUGAGCACAUCCUUCACUUAGAAGAAUGUUUUUUUGGUUUAACAAUUAAGGUAGUUAGAAAACUAGCUUUUGAUGUUGCGGAAAAAUAUGACUUACCAAAUAGUUUCAAUAGAGAUAAAAAAAUUGCUGGUAAAAAAUGGUUCUAUGCAUUUUUGAAACAAAAUCCCCAACUUUUGCUCUGGACACCCGAAGGAACCUCAAUGGCGAGAGCUAGAGGCUUUAAUAGAGAGAAUGUGAAUCAUUUUUUCAAUCUCUUAGAACGAAUUGUCGAUAAGCAUAAAUUUACAGCUGGCACUAUAUUUAACGUGGACGAAUCUGGGUUUACCACUGGGCAAAAGAGUCUCUCGAAAAUAAUUGCUUGUAAAGGAAAGCACCAAGUAGGAAAUCUAACAAGUGGUGAAUGGGGCGUCAUUACAACCAUGGUAUGCGCAGUUAGUGCUGCAGGUCUAUAUAUUCCACCAAUGAUAAUUUUUAAGAGGAAAACAUUUCACUCUGAUCUUAAAAUUGAAGCACCUCCCGCCAGUUUUGUUACGAUUUCGGAAACGGGAUACAUAAACUCAGAUCUCUUUGUUGAGUGGCUGAAACAUUUCCAAAAGCAUAUCAGCUGCAAUGUAGAUGACAAAGUUUUGCUAUUGCUUGAUGGCCACACAACACAUAGCUAAAGUUUGCAGGCAUGUGAGUUUGCUAGGGAGAAUGGAAUUGUCUUACUUCAACUGCUUCGCCAUACCACCCACCGUUUACUGCCUUUGAAUAUAGCAUUUUUUUUUGUUCUCUGCAGACUUAUUUUAUUCAAGCUCAGGAAACAUUUCUUCGCUUAUAUAAAGGGGAUAGAGUAUAUCAAACCCAAAUGUCAAAAUUACUUAAUGAGGCAUAUGGCAGAGCGGCUACUGUGGCAAUUGCUGAGAGUGCCUUCCGUGCUUCAGGAAUUCGGCCAGUGAAUAGGUAUGUAUUUACAGAUGACCAAUGUGCACCAGCUGAUGUUUUGCAACCUUCUGAAACCCCUGUUUCACCUUCUAGUAGUGAUGAUGAUGAAGAUAGAAGUGAUAAUGAAAAUAAACGAUUUAGGACAGUUCUUGAAAAAAUAUCACAGUGAGCAAAGAAAAAUCCAAAUCCAACUGGCCCUUCAUCUUCUUGCAGUGCACCAAUAGCCCAGAAAGCAGUGGAAAUAACAAGCAGCCCUUACAAAUCGCAGUUAUACCAAAAUUUAAAAAAAAAAAAAAAAAAAAAAAAAAAAAAAA